CUACAGUUCCUGUUUUGGAGCAAAGUCAGAUGGUUGUUCAUGUACAUUUUACAUUAUGCUCCAUAUGUAGUUUCACCAAAUGGACAGCAUGGAAGAUAGUGGGAUUGAAAGUGACCAGAGGUCAGCGCAAAUCCAACAAAAUGCCACAGGAAAUUAUGCACCAUCUCUGAAAUCAUCAAAGAGGACAACAGAGUUACAGAAAAAAAUAGAAAAGCAAAGAGAUUUAAUGAAAAAAUCCCAAGCAAGUGCAAUAGACACACAACCAAGAAAGAAUCUUCUCAGUAGAAGUCGAUUAAAAAUACCGAGCAGACAAGACAUUCCAAAGGCAACAAAAGAAGAACAAACACAGCUUUUAGUUGCUAUUCCUACAGAUGGGAGUGAUGAAGACGAAUUUGACCUUCACCUGUCACAUACAACCAAUCGUGAAAUUGCAGAACAGUUAGUCAAGGAUGGUUAUAACCUAGAUCUUGUAUCAGACAAUGAAGAGCUGGAUCUUAUUCCACCAGCCAAAUUAUACUCUGACAGAUGCACUUGUUGCUCAGUGCAGUCAAAUUGCAGCAUACAGUAGCAACAUGCUUUUGCCCACAGUGGUGCAGGAAUAUUAAAACAGUUGAUUUCUUAUAAUUGUGCUUCCAAAGGUUUGUUUGUCAUGUAACAAUAUUAUCUUCAUACAUAUACUUACAGCUUUAAAAAUAUUAUGUUAGCAUCGAGAAUAGUAGACAAUCUGUUAGUUGUUGUAUUUGUCAUAUUGAUGGUAGGAAGUAGUUGGUGUUCAACUUCGUAGGUUCUUUGUAUCUGCGCAUGAUAUUGCAUGUAAAAGUUGUUAGGCAAUUUGACAUUUAUUCUAUUUACCCUGAAUGAAGUAUUGCACUUAUGAAACUUGCAUCUUCUCAAAAUGCAUAUUUUGCUUUGCUUUUACUGAAAUGUUUACAAGUUAUUUAAGUUUUAAAGAUUUAUUUAUCUGAAUUGUUUUAUGUGUGGGCAAAAUCAGCUGCUUAACUUACUUGGAGGGUAAAAUGACUAUUUUGAUUUUCAAAACAUUUGUGGCAUUUGUCCCAAGGUUGUUAAAAAUUCAAUUACAAAUGUACCAGUUUAGGAGAGAGUCAGGAUACAUUCUGCACUUUUGACAACUACUGUUUGCUAAUCAUCUCAAACAAUAAGCUCUUGUAGACAAUCAUAUUUGUUAACUUAGGUUUGCAUAAUGCACAAGCAGGUUUCCCAUGGAAAAAAAACCCUCUAAGAAUCAAUUGUAAUAUAAUUUGCAAUAAUUAGUUAAAAAGCUCACAUAGUAAGCUUUUACAAUAUUUAGAACAAAAGAGGUUUUGAAAAAUGAGCAAUAGACAGUGGAUUGCAGAACCUCAGUUGCAUGGAAAGUUGUGGUAAACUGUGAUAAGAUAUUAACUGCUUGGACAAGUAUGACAGUGGUUGUUUACCUGUAAUAAAACUUGGUGUCUUCUAUGUGGAUUGCUGAGUGAUCUUGGAAUGGAUGUCAAAAUGUGAAUGACAUAUCAACCUCACUCUGCAAUGUUAAUCUACAUAAUUUGUGUUAGUUAGAACAUAGAAUAUAUUUAUAUUGGGUUAUAUUUAUGAUCAAUGGCAUUGUCACUUACUCUGUAAAGAGAAUUUUAGUAGCAGUUGACAAAGAAAAGAUUUUGUUUGUGGGAUGUUUUGUUUUUCUACAAUUGGUGCUUGUAUAAAUAUGUUGUGUCAAGGUGUUCCUUCAGUAAAUAGAAAUUUGAAUUUUAUAUACAGACACUGUAAGUGUCUGUAUAUAUUCUGAUUGGUUUGUCUGACAGUGCCAUUGCUGUCAAUGAUCAACACAUGAUGCUCAACUCAUAAUUGCCAAACCGUAUAUUUGUAUUACUUUAAUUUACUGAGUGGCUUUGCUU